AUGGUCAGUGAAGGAGGUUGUUCGAGCACCCAACGAGUCCGAUUGCCGUCUCACAUUCGUUGCAUGGAGGCUGGAGAUGAGAAGGACGACAUUACUCUGAUGUGCAGGUGUGGCGUGUAUGCUGUACUAUACAAGUCCAGGACGCCAACUAACCCCAACCAGUUGUUUCUUGGGUGCCCCUUCUUCAAGUUAAAAAAUUCAUCCCACUACAAGUUUUUUGUCUGGAUUGAUGAUCAUGUUGCAAAAAUUGGGACUAGAGAAAAGUCAAUUACUGACAACGAAGUUGACGACCUGGAACAGUGCUUGUGCAAGAAUAAAGUAGAACAGAGGCUGGUUAAGUUAGAGAAGAAGCUUGCUUGUCUAGAGAGGGAAAAAAAAUCUAAUCUGUGGAUUAUUGUUGUAUGUUUGGUAGUAAUUUGUACUGCUGUUGUUGUUAUUAAGUGUUACUAG